GCCUGUCGGUCAUCCACCCACACUGGUCACCGUCGAAUGAGAGCCUUCGCCAAGUGCGUGGCUCGAGCUCCCUAUCACGCGGUUCCGCACUCGAGCCUGCCCUCUCCCCACCCGUUGCUCCAAACCUUCGCGGGAUUAUGCCGGCACGGCGCCUUCUCCGAGGCCAUCGCCGCCAUGGCCUCUCUCGAAGUCCUCGGCCUUGUCGCCGACUCCAUCUCCUACUCCGACCUCAUCAAACUCUGCGUCCGGCACGGCGCCGUCGAGCAAGGCCGGCUCUUGCAUCGCCAUCUUUCGUCUGGCGGACGCGCUCCGGAAUUGUUCCUCUCCAACUCUCUGAUGGGCAUGUUCGUCCGGUUCGGCCUCGCGGACGAGGCGCGGAAGGUGUUCGACGCGAUGCCUGUUAGAAAUGUGGUGUCUUGGACUACUAUGAUCUCGGCGCUGACUAACCUCGGGCAGGCUGAAGAAGCUCUGAGGCUUCUGAUCUCGAUGCAAAGAGAAGGAAUUGCGCCUAAUAGGUAUACAUUCUCAUCGGUUCUCAAAGCUUGUCUGACUUCGGCAUCUCUCCGGUCGAUGCAUGGCUGUAUAGUGAAGCAUGGUUUGGAGUCGGACGUCUUCGUUAGAAGCUCUCUGAUCGACGUCUGCUCAAAAUUCUUGGACAUGGACUACGGAUACAGGAUUUUUAACGAGAUGGCCACUCGCGAUUUGGUGGUUUGGAAUUCCAUCAUCGGGGGCUUCGCGCAGGGUGGAGAUGGAUACAUGGCCAUCACCCUCUUCACCCAGAUGAAGAAAGCUGGAUUCUUUGCCAACCAAAGCACAUUAACCAGCGCUUUGAGAGCUUGCACAGGGAUGGUUCUGCUCGAGAUGGGAAGGCAACUCCACGUCCAUGUGCUCAAGUACAACCCUGAUUUGAUUCUUAACAACGCGCUGUUAGAUAUGUACUGUAAGUGUGGGGAUCUCGAGGAAGCAGAUGAGUUGUUCGAUCGAAUGCCGGAAAGGGAUGUGAUCUCAUGGAGCACCAUGAUCUCAGGAUUGGCACAGAACGGAAGAAGCACUGAUGCCUUGAAGCUCUUCGAGUCCAUGAAGGUGUUGGGCCCUAAACCCAACCACAUCACCCUUCUUGGUGUUCUCUUUGCCUGCAGCCAUGCCGGUCUUCUGGAAGAUGGCCGGCACUAUUUUAGCUCAAUGAGGCAGCUUUUCGACAUAGAGCCAGGGAGUGAGCAUUACGGUUGCAUGGUCGAUCUACUUGGAAGAGCUGGGAAGCUGGAGGAUGCUAUGAAGUUCAUCGCUGACAUGAGUUUCGAACCCGAUAUUGUCAUCUGGAGAACACUUCUUGGAGCUUGUAGAGUGCACAAGGAUUCAAAUUUAGCAGCAUUCGCAGCUAAGCAGGUCUUAAGAUUGGAACCCGAGGACGAAGGAGCAUACAUACUUCUGUCGAACAUCUAUGCAGAUUCUCACCAAUGGACUGAAGCGGAACAGGUGCGGAGAUCCAUGAGAGACUGUCGAGUGAAGAAAGAACCAGGUCGCAGCUGGCUCGAACUCGGCAAGCAAAUCCAUGUGUUCAUUGCAGGAGACAUGUCGCAUCCGCAAGCCGAUGGCAUCAAGAAGGAGCUAAGCAAACUGCUAACAAGAACAACUGCAAUGGGAUACGUUCCUGACACAGAUUUUGUGUUGCAUGAUGUAGGAAAAGAGCAGAAGGAAGAAUCACUUCGAUAUCACAGCGAGAAGCUAGCUAUCGCGCUCGGAGUGAUGAACUCAACAGGAGCCAAGCCGAUCAGGAUAAUGAAGAACUUGAGGAUAUGUGGUGACUGCCACACCUUUGCAAAGCUAGUUGCUAAGUCGGAGAGCAUGACCAUUAUAAUCAGGGACCCCGUUCGGUUUCAUCACUUCAAGGAUGGAUCUUGUUCUUGCGGAGAUUAUUGGUAAUAACAUAUUAGAACGAUAUUAUUUAGGUACAGGUGAUCGUUGAUUGAGUAAAUGCUGAAGAGACCAUGUGGUAUUGCAAUGGUUCUUUGCAUGCAUGUGGUAUUGCAAUGGUUCUUUGGCAAAGAUGUGGAAUUGCUAUAGGAUCGUAUUCCAUCACACUACAAAACAAUCAGAUGUUGGAUGUCUCUAUAUAUUGACGGACUUAUUAAUUACCGUUGUUAUUAGCGACGGACUUAAAAUUUCUGUCGCUACUAAUAAUGAUUUGGUGAUAAACACUAAUUU